GGUUUCACGCAUGCAUCUAGUGCUCGUGGUUAGCAGAUGCGCGCUAAGCUGCAAUCAGUGAAGCAGUGUUGCUAUUUUAGUGUGGGUAGGGGUAACAGAGGGGGUGACACUGCUGUGGACAUGAUAGCCGAGAAGUUGUUAUGACCGUCAUGUGAAGUGUCAGUUUGUAACAUGACUCAGAGCGUCACAGGCGGAAGGUCACGGAGCAGCAGAACGGAACGGAAGCGGGAGUAAAAAGCCUAUCCGCCAUUGUGGAAUAUGGUAAGGGAUAUUCCAGUAAGGCACUAGUCAGUUUGGGCUUGACUGAUAAACACCAUCUGUGGCAGGAUCGGACACGUUAACUGACGCCCUCUCCGCAGACACAAAGUCGCUGUUUGUAACAGCCAAAAGCAGCGAAUCGUCGUCAGGAUCUGAGCACGGCAGGAGGAAAGGAAAAGGGAAAAAACGCCGCCUUGUAACGUUAAUAGAGUGAUUGGACAACCGAAGAGACGAGCCAGCAAAGCACCAAAGUGCAGAGAGGGAGAGAGAGGAAGCCGUGGACAGUCUCACAAACAGCCAUCAGUUUCGGUUCCUGGAGGAUGUCUGCGACUACCGUCGAUCAGAGACCUAAAGGACAAGGAAAUAAAGUGCAAAACGGAUCAAUGCAUCAAAAGGAUGGUGUAAAUGAUGAUGAUUUUGAGCCUUACCUCAGCGGCCAGACAAAUCAGAGUAACAGCUAUCCACCAAUGUCUGAUCCCUACAUGCCCAGCUACUAUGCUCCAUCCAUUGGUUUCCCUUACUCUCUGGGGGAGGCUGCUUGGUCCACAGCAGGAGACCCACCUAUGCCCUACCUAACUACCUAUGGACAGAUGAGCAACGGCGAGCCACACUUCAUCCCUGAUGGUGUUUUCAGUCAACCGGGUGCCCUGGGAAACACCCCUCCCUUCCUUGGGCAGCACGGCUUCAACUUUUUCCCGGGCAAUGCAGACUUUUCCACCUGGGGUACUAGUGUCUCUCAGGGCCAGUCCACACAGAGCUCAGUCUACAGCAAUAGCUAUGGGUACGCCCCGAGCUCGCUGGGUCGAGCCAUCACGGACGGACAGGCGGGCUUUGGAAGCGACACCCAGCUCAGUAAGGUCCCGGUGCUGAACAGCAUUGAACAGGGUAUGACGGGGCUAAAGCUGGGUACAGACAUGGUGGCAGCUGUCACCAAAACUGUGGGCUCACCUUUAGGAGGCACAGCAGGUAUGAGCAGCAUGUCGGCCAGCAACCUCCCUCCGUCUGUCAGCUCCUCUGCACCUAAACCCGCUUCCUGGGCAGCUAUUGCCAAGAAGCCAGCCAAACCACAACCCAAGGUCAAACCCAAAGCCAACAUGGGGAUAGGGGGAGGCGCCGCUAUUCCCCCACCCCCUAUAAAGCACAAUAUGAACAUUGGUACUUGGGAUGAUAAGGGCUCUCUGAACAAGCCCCCAUUAGCUCAGACUAUGAUGCCCCCCCAGCCUCUGGUGCAGCAGCCUCUCCUUGGUCAGCCACAGCCCUUACUGCAGAACCCUUUACCCCCUCAGCCUCAGCACCAGCCCCAGCACCAACACCAACACCAACCCUUCCAACUCCAGUCUCUCCAGUCCCCUCAACACCCCCAGCCUCUGCCCCCUGGUCCUCCACACCUGCACCUUCCUUCCCAACCCCCUCAGGCUCUUCAUCAGCAACAACCCCAACAACCUGGCCCGCCCCCUAACCGCUGGGUGGCUCCGAGGAACCGUGGCGAGGGCUUUGGUCUUUGUGUUGGAAUCCCACCGAGUGCCUCCCCUUGCUCUGGAGAAGUGCACCCAGUGCUGGAGAAACUUCGUGCCCUCAACAACUACAACCCCAAAGACUUUGACUGGAACUUGAAAAAUGGGCGCGUUUUCAUUAUCAAGAGCUAUUCAGAAGAUGACAUCCACCGCUCAAUCAAGUACUCUAUCUGGUGCAGUACAGAACAUGGCAACAAGCGCCUGGAUGGUGCUUACCGCUCCCUGGGCAACAAGGGGCCCCUGUACUUGUUGUUCAGUGUCAACGGCAGUGGGCACUUUUGUGGCGUAGCUGAAAUGCGCUCACCGGUGGACUACAAUGCCUAUGCAGGCGUCUGGUCUCAGGAUAAGUGGAAGGGCAAGUUUGAGGUAAAGUGGAUUUUCAUCAAAGACGUGCCCAACAACCAGCUGCGUCACAUCCGGCUGGAGAACAAUGACAACAAGCCAGUGACCAACUCCAGGGACACUCAGGAAGUGCCUCUGGAGAAGGCCAAACAAGUGCUUAAAGUUAUCGCCACUUACAAGCAUACCACCUCAAUCUUUGAUGACUUUGCACAUUAUGAGAAACGUCAGGAAGAGGAGGAGGCUCUGAGGAAGGAGCGCAAUAGAAAUAAACCGUAACCUUCAAGCAAGCUGUCUGCUAGAACUGCAACACUAAUGAUGUAGGACCUUAAAUCAAAUUUGCCUAACGACAAGGAGGAAAGGCUUUCACAAUCUUUCCGCUGAAGAUGACAAUGUAUCUGAACACUUGAACAUGACCAUAGUUGGACUCAUCUGUAUCCGUUGACUGGUGCACCAAACCCCGUGUUCCUGUCUCACAAGAAAAAGAACGUAACCCACAAUGAAAAACUCUGUCUUUAAAGCACUUUCAAGUCCUCAGCAGCCUCUACCAAUACCCUUAACUCUCUAACUUUCUUUGAUUUUGUUUGUGAGCAACUAACUGACUAACCCGAGUAGUCAGAUGAUUUCACCAAGCUUAUUUGUCCUUUUUUUCUUUUCUCUUUUUUUUUUUUUAAAUGCCUCAAAUGUUUGGGAUAUUGGUGAGCUUCAUCAGGCCCGGAAGACAAUUAAAUAUGAUAUGUAUAAAUUAGUCUUGUACUUGAAUCUGUAUUCAGCCAUCUGAUCCUCAUCAGACAGAGGCUGGCGAUGAUUGACAGGUGGGAUGAAAGAAUUGGGAAGCAGCCACAAUCAUGCCAAUCAUAGGAUGUAUCCUCCAUCUACCUGUUUCCAUCCUUUCUGCAUUUGUUUCUGUGUACCAAAAGAUAACAAUUAUGCAGCAGGCUGGCAAGUGCUGGCUAGUGCACAUCUUUGGGUUUUUUUUGCCCCUCCCCCCUUUUUUCCUUGUGAUUCUGUCAUUCUGAAGUGCAUUUGUCUGAGGAGAAAGCUGCUGCUGCUGCUGCUGUGGUAGAACUAUCGGCGGCCUUCGCUGGCCCCAUGGUUGACUGUCUUAGCUCUGAUGUUGGUGUACUCUACCGUACCUCAGGCCCAAUCCGACUGUCUGUCCUCAACAACUCUUAGCACUUUUGGGAGAACCUCCUCAUCAACACCUGCUGGACUUGACAGAGAUUCCUCCAAAAAGGCAAGACAUCAACUGCAAGGAUGUGACAGUUUUCUCCUCUAGGUAACUCACUAGCUAAAUAAAAAUUACUCAUGUUUAGCGAAA